CACAAACCCAUACUUUGAGAACAUACAAGUACACACUCAGGCAACACAGAUACAUGCACUCAUCAAAUGCAAUAACAUAUGGAUGCUCAAGAGACAGAAGUUCAAAAAAAAAAAAAAGACAGAAGUUCAGCCACAGAAUUCCUACAUCAAAGGGUGCCCAGUUGCACACAAAUCCUCACCUGACACACAGACACAUUACUCUCCCAACACAAUGUCUGCUGCAGGGCUGUUUUCCCACCCAACCCUGCCAUCAGCAUGUCAGCUGAGAUUGUCAUGUCGUGUUCACUACUGCCUUCCAGAGCUGGCACACAGUGGUGCUCAACAGGUGUUGGCUGAAUAAAUGGGUGAACUGAGGGGAUGUCCACAGAGACAUACAGAAGCUGUAGAUGGACACAAAACAUGCAUGUUUCAGACACAGACACACAACAUGCAUGACAAUGUUCCUUUGUUAACUCAUGGUCAGCAAUCUUUCUCCACUGAGUCACCUAGAGCACCUUCAAAAGGAUACCUACCCUGAUCCUACACCCUCCCUUUCACAUCAUCAUCAUCAUUUUGGUUUUCUGAGACAGGGUCUGGGUAUGUAAUCCAGGCUGGCCUUUAACUCGAGGCGAUCCUCCUGCCUCAGUCUCCCAAGUGCUGGGAUUACAGGAGUAUGCCACCUCCCCCAACUUCCCCACAUUUAUUUUGAUUCAUAUCUUCAACUGCACACACUUGACACGGGACACAUACCGAGAUUCUGAAUAGACACACACACACACACACACACACUCCCCAAACAUGUACAGAGCUUAAGAUAAAAGCUCAAUAUAAGGAUGAGCACAUAGGUAUACACACAAGCCCCAAAUCCACCGGCUUUUACAGGUGGGCCAGGGGCGGGACUAUGGAAAGCCCCACCCACAUAUCAAUCCACACCCCUUUCUCUUGCCCUUUUUGCGUCCUGGAUUGGUCCUGUGCUGUCCCAGCAGCCACCAGACCCUAGUCCAGCACACAGGUGAGGGGCCAGGGCUGGGAGGUGGGAAGAGGCUCCACUGGGCUCCACACACAGGAAGUCCCCCCUGCCUGGAGCUUCCAGAUCCCACCAUGAGUCACCUCCCCGCUCUGGCACAGCCAAUCUGGGUCGCAAGCUUGCACAGCGCUGGUAGUAGUCCCUAAGCCAAUUGUAAGCUGAGAGGUGACCGUGAGCUAAGCUGGCGCGAGGGAGGGAAGGGGGUGGACAAAGAGAGGGAGGAAUUACAGCUGGGGGAGGGGGGGAUUGGAAGUGCCAGGGUUGCCCUCUUGGCCCUGAGGACAGCGGGAGAGGCUGAGGAUGAUGACAGGGUGAUGGGAGGUCUGUUGGAGGGCUGGUUCCAGCUGGGGUUGGCAUCUGGUCCUGGAGGGGUGGAAGGGACAUGGGUCUGAUGGGAGGGGAACCAGAGUCAAAGUCAGCCCUGACUGCUCCAGGCCCUGGAAGUGAAGGCCUCACUGGUAACCCAGCCCUAGUGCCGGCUGUAGUUGUGAUACAAGGGUGCCACCCUGAAUCCAGGAAGGGACAGCCACACCCACGCCUCCAUCCCAGCUGCCCUUAUCCAAGGAAGACAUGGCCUGGAAAAGCAACACUUGGCCCAGGGGCUUGGCCUGGGCCCUGCCACCAACCCUGGCUUGGAUACUACUAGGGGCCUGUGGUGGGAGUCACCUGCCUCAAGCCAGGUCUCAGGGCUGCCAUGGGCUGGCAGCUGAACCGGGCACAGGACAGCUGCACCUGGAAAGUGAGUACUCAGACCCCAAUGAACCCCCACUCCACCAGAGCAAUACCAGGAUGUCCUUUCAGAGGCUCAGGCUGGCCAAAAAUGAUGGAUCAGAGCACAGACCCUGCCGGGCCUGGUGCGAGUCCUUCCUGGGACACCUGCAGCGUGCGCUCCACCGUCAUUUCCACCUGCUGCUGCUGGGGCUGCGCCAGUCCCUGCCGCUUUGCAUGGAGCUCUGACAGGCCUGGUUCACCACCUGCAAAGCUGAUGUCACCUGUGGCCCUACUUGGCUGCCAAUCUCAGAAGACAGGGGUUGUGCGCCCAACUGCCCCACCUAUGGGCAGACCUUUGCCAAUGGGGUGGACCUCUGUCGCCUGGCCCUGGGUGACGCCCUGCCAGUGGCAGCUCCUGGCUCCUGCCAUUCCCUCAAUCUCCCCACAUCGAUGUCCCCGUGUUGUUGA